AUGGUGCCGCGAUCCGCGAGCUCCGAGAAACCCGCCGCCGGGAAAGGCGGCGGAGAAGGAGGAGUUCCCCGUGCGGCGUCUUACAGAGUGGAUAGCGCUAGCGCAGCGGUUGCUUCCGCCGUGGCGGAGAAUAGGGGGGAAAGUGGCGCGGGGGGAGCUACGGUGGGUGACGGUGUCAGUGGUGGUUCUGGCGGAGGGGAAAGACCUAGAAGUGGGGGGUCGGCGGAAGGAGGGCGGAGCCCGUGGCGGAGCGCAGUUGCAGGGGCCGUGGGGGGGGGAAGGACGGGGAACGGCGUAGGGACGCUAAGAGAAGGCGACAUAGGCCCUCGUCCCGAUAUAAGCGCACGCGAUAGUGGCAGCCAAGCUUCGAAUCAAGCGCAGCAGCAGCAGCAACGGCAGGUGUCGCAGAAGGAGCUGCGCGCGGCGCAGAAGGAGCAGCGCAUGCAGCAGAGACAGGCGCGCGCGCUGCUGCGCAAGCACGCGGGCGCACAGGCCGGCGGACAGGGCGGCGCACAGGGCAGCGCGCAAAAAGGCUCGCACCAGCGCUCCGCCAGCGGGGGCGUGCCCAGCAGCAGAACCGGAGGAGGAGGAGGCGGACGCGGAGCGGGAGGGGGACGAGGCGGAGGAAGCGGAGGGGCGGGGGGCAGGGGAAGCCACGUGACGGAUAAGGUGUUGUGGCGGUUCGAGGUGAAACCGGGCGGCGGCGUCAGUGCCACGUCAGCCACUUCCACCCCGUCCCCGUCCAAACCCGUCCAAUCACAAGCCGCAGGAUCCCUCCCUGCGACGCCAGGCAGAGCGGCCGGCCAAUCAGGAAGCAGCAAAGGUGGCGGGGGAGGAGGAGGAGGGGCAGAAGCCGCAGGGGGAGGGAGCUCGUUGCUGGGGCAGCGGACGUUCAGUGGGGUGUCAGCGUCAUCAUACGUUGGCCUUCCCCCCUCCGCCUCUAUGCCCGGCCCCUCCUUCGGCGGCCAAUACAGUGGCACGCUCAGCGACCCGGGCGGGCCGGGUUACGGCGGUUACCACCACCGCGCCAUGCCAUCCGACAGCAGCAUCGACAGCUGGCAGGGCGGCGGAAGCGGGCUGAUCUACGGCCUCGCUCCUGCUGCUGCUGCCGGCGCCGCUGCUGCUGCUUCUCCUGGCGUUGCUGCUGCUGGUGGUGCUGGUGGUGCUGGUGGUGGGUUUGGUACGGUGGAUGGUGCAGGGGCAGGGUACGGUGUGCCCCCGAUCUCCCCCCACGCGCUCUCAACGCUUUCGAGCAGCCGCUCGGGCAAUUUCUCAGGAGCCCUCUCUGACGCCGGCGGCAGUCCCUUGGGGUCCGUGCCUCGUGGUGCCUUUGCUGCUGCGCCCUCUGCAUGGUCGGGCGGAGCAGCGGCAGCACCAGGAGCAGGAGCGACAGCGGGAGGGGUGGGAGGGGGUGAGAGUGGUGGCAGUCUGUUGCGGUUGGCACCGAAUGAGCUCAUGGCUGCUCUCAUGCAGCAGCAACCAGGCAUGAUGCUGCCCAGCCCGCUACAACCCAGCUUACUGCAGCCCAGUUUACUCCUGCCAAAUCAGCUGCAGCCAAGUCUGCUACAACCGAGCUUGCUACAACCGAGUUUGCUACAACCGAGUUUGCUACAACCGAGUUUGUUGCAACCGAGUCUGCUACAGGCGUUGCAGCCGGGCCCUAGCACCCUCCCUGCUUCUGCUGAUGCGCCACCAGCUGCGCCCAACACUGCCUUUGCCGAGCCUGCUGCAUCUGGUCUGGACGCUUCCAUGCCUGCAGGCAUGGAAGCUAACACUUACACGUAUCUGGGUGGGAACAGAGAGGGGGAAGAUAGGGCAGGGGGAGACGCUGACGUGGAUUCUGUGGAUGAUGACAGGGAUGAUGAGUCACAGGACGAAGGAGCUGAGUCAGAAAUUGAGGGAGAGAGAGUGGAAGGAUUCCGGGCCACGAUUAGGGCAAAGGCAGGGAUAGAGGAUGGGCUCAUGGCGUACAGACAGGAUAAGAGCGAGAACGCGAGUGAGAGCUGUGCGGUGCUACUGGACGCGCUCUUAGACAUCUGCGAGUCCACCUUCGGCUUCAUCGCCUCCAACUUCCGCAUGCCCCACGGCGACCCCUGCCUCAAGACCCAUGCCAUAACAAACAUUCUCUGGACCGACAAGCUAAGGACGUGGUUCGCCGACCACUCGGCGGCCGGUCUUGUCUUCACAGAUGUGUCCGAAACGGGCCUCUUUGGCCGGGCGGCACUGAGGGGCGAGGCGGUGUGGAGCGACGACCCGCCAGCUGGCAGCCUGCCCAAGGGGCAUCCACGUGUCAACACUGCAUUCGCCAUGCCUCUCAUCUGCGGCACAGCCAUCGUGGGCGUGGCGGUGGUGGCGAAUCGCAUAGGCGGGUACAGCCACGGGCUGCUGCGCGCCGUGCAACCGCUGCUGUCGCUCGUGGCCUCGCUGCUCUUCUGCAUGCACUGGCGCAACGACGGCGGCAGGGACCUGCGCAGACGAGUGGUCAGCCUUGCACAGGACGGGCGCAUAGAGGUGGACGGCAGGGGGCACAUCACAUGCAUGGAUGCUGCUGCCUGUGCCAUCUUUGGGGUCAACCCCCUCACCGCCGCACUCAUGGCUGCUGCACCUGCCACGUCAGCGACGGACCUUGCCAGCCAAUCAGAGGAAGCCACAUCAGCAAAGGCGCCUGCGGCAGGGUGCCCACCCCUUGGCCAGCUGUCAGUUGCUGAUUUGUUCGCUCGGAUCGGGGACCAGCCAGUCACAGCAGAUGUUGACGUGGAAGAACUCGCCCCUCCCUCUCCUUCCCCACCUUUCGCACUCACGCCCUCCCUUCCAUAUCUUCCAGCCAUUGCACAGCAGCUGCAGACGCCCCAUCCAGCAGUGGGCAAGCAGCAGGGCGGAGCUCACAUUCUUCUGCAGGGCAGUGGUGCGGCUGUUGGCUCGCUCAGAAUGACGCCCCAUCCAGCAGUGGGCAAGCAGCAGGGCGGAGCUCACAUUCUUCUGCAGGUCGACCUCUGCCCUCGUGCUGUUGCUGCUCAGGCGGCUGAUGCUGCUGAUGCUGCUGGUGGCAGCAGCAGCAGCAGCAGCAGUGAGAGCAGGGUGCACAGGGCAGUGGUGCGGCUGCUGGCUCGCUCGGACUGA